AUGGUGGAGCGACGAGUUUUCCAGCUGGCAUCUGGGAGUCCCUUCCUUGUCCACGCAGACUUUGCAUUUCAGACCAAGCUGCAUGUGCUGCUCGGCCUGGAGUACAUGAGCUGCGGGGACUUUUACACCUACCUACUGAUGAAGGACCAGCUUGACAUCCCCAGUGCAAGAUUCUAUGCCGCUGAACUCGUCUGUGGAAUCCAAUUCCUGCACUCAAAGGGCGUCAUCCACAGAGACCUGAAGCCCGAGAACAUCUUGGUGGCUGAAACGGGCCAUGUAAAGAUCACUGAUUUUGGUCUUGCACUUGUCAACAUGCAUGGAGACCGAACAGCCACUUCAUACGCUGGAACAAUCGGCUACAUAGCUCCUGAGAUGCUGGCUAGGAAGGAGUAUAACGCCGGAGUAGACUGGUAUUCUUUCGGUGUCAUCUUGAAAGAAAUGGUUACCAGUGAUUGUGCGUACCAUCAGACAAUCGAUGAUGCAUCCUCCGGCAUUAAGAACAUCAUUAGAAAGCUCCUUCGGAAAGAUCCUGCCAGACGCUUAGGAGUGAAUGGUAACAUCAGAAAGCACCGAUUCUUUCAGCGUAUGGACUGGGUCUCUGUGGAAGCCCUAGAGUUGCCUCCACCAUACACACCUGAGCCAACUGAACCUCAUCAUCGUCCUAAACCAUUCCAUCUGGACAAACUGGAGGCAGCAGAGGUCAGAACACCUAUUUCAGCAGCGGACCAGGCCUUGUUCGAGGGAUUUUCUUUUUGUCAACUUGGAAACCCUUGA